GCAGGGCCCUCCCUGUCCAGGAGGAAGCAGCGAGACUAGUGCCAGACCUGGACCUGGAAGCGCUUCCGGGGAGGAUUUGGGGGGCAGAGGCGGGCGUGGGCGUGUCUGGCAUGGGAUGCCAUGGAGAGGAGGGGGCACUCCUGAGCAGGGCUGCGGGUCCUCCCUCGGAGGAAUCCUCCCCCCGUUUGCCCUUUGACUUGCUGGAGAGCGGUUCCCCAUGGUCUCUGUUCACGUUCCGGGAGCUUUCGCUUUGGGUGGGCUUAAUCAACUACUUCCUUGCAGAGCUGCCCGGGGCCUUUUCUGAUACUGGGCAUAAACGUGGGGAAUAUGUCAGAAAAGAGGAAGCCGCUGCUGGGCUUCAUGGGCAAACUCCCCAGUGGGCCUGCCCUUGGGAACUCCAGCAAGACGCACUGCCCUUCGUGCAUGGGGCUUUUCCAAGCCCCCAGGCUCCUGCCUUGUUUGCACACAGUUUGCACCACCUGUUUGGAGCAGCUGGAACCCUUCUCAGUAGUGGACAUCCGAGGGGGAGACGCUGACACAAGCUCUGAGGGGUCACUAUUCCAGGAACUCAAGCCACCGGCCCUGCGGCCGCAGACCGGCAUCCUCUGCCCAGUGUGUGAUGCGCAGGUGGACCUGCCCGUGGGUGGAGUGAAAGCUUUAACCAUAGACCACCUGGCCAUGAACGAUGUGAUGCUGGAGAGUCUGUGUGGGGAAGGCCAGGGCCUGGUGUGUGACCUGUGCAGCGACAGGGACGUGGAGAAGAGGUGUCAGACCUGCAAAGCCAAUCUCUGCCAUUUCUGCUGCCAGGCCCAUAGGAGGCAGAAGAAGACCACUUACCACACCAUGGUGGACCUCAAAGACCUGAAGGGCUACAGCCGGGUUGGGAAGGCCAUCCUGUGUCCUGCUCACCCUGCGGAGGAGCUGAGGCUGUUCUGUGAGCUGUGCGACCAGCCUGUGUGCCGAGACUGCGUGGUGGGGGCGCACCGGGAGCACCCCUGUGACUUCACCAGCAACGUUAUCCACAAGCAUGGGGACUCCGUGCGGGAACUCCUCAAAAACACCCAGCCCCGCGUGGAGGCCCUGGAGGAAGCCCUGGCCCAGGUCAAAGAGACAAACGGUGCCCUCCAGCAGCGGGUGGAGGCCGUGGCAGCCGAUAUCCGAACAUUCUCCGAGGGCUACAUCAAGGCCAUCGAAGAGCACCGGGACAAGCUGCUGAAGCAGCUGGAAGACAUACGGGCCCAGCAGGAGAACUCCCUGCAGCUGCAGAAGGCACAGCUGGAGCAGCUGCUGGCAGACAUGCGCACUGGAGUGGAGUUCACCGAGCACUUGCUGACCAGUGGCAGUGACCUGGAGAUUCUCAUCACCAAGGGGGUGGUAGUGGAGCGGCUCACGAAGCUGAACCAAGUCGAGUACAGUGCCCGUCCCAGAGUGAACGAUAAGAUAUGCUUCUCUCCUCAGGAGAAAGCGGGCCGGUGCCGCGGCUAUGAAGUUUAUGGCGCCAUCAAUACCAAAGAGGUCGAUCCAGCCAAAUGUGUUCUUCAAGGAAAAGAUCUGCACAGAGCCCGGGAGAAACAGACAGCCUCUUUCACCCUGCUUUGCAAGGAUGCAGCGGGAGAGAGCAUGGGCAGGGGAGGAGACAACAUUCAAGUCGCAGUUGUCCCUAAAGAUAAGAAAGACAGUCCAGUCAGAACAAUGGUGCAAGACAACAAGGACGGGACGUACGGCGUUUCCUACACCCCCAAGGAGCCUGGCAUCUACAAGGUGCUGGUCUGCGUCAAAGAGCAGCACGUGCAGGGCUCACCAUUCACUGUGACCGUGAGGAAAAGGCACCAUUCACACCAGGGCGUGUUUCACUGCUGCACGUUCUGCUCCAGUGGAGGCCAGAAAACUGCUCGCUGUGCCUGUGGGGGCACCAUGCCAGGUGGGUACCUAGGCUGUGGCCAUGGACACAAAGGCCACCCAGGUCGUCCCCACUGGUCAUGCUGUGGGAAGUUUACUGAGAAGUCAGAAUGCACGUGGACAGGUGGGCAGAGCACAGCAAGGAGUCUACUCAGGACGGUGGCACUCUGACGGUUUCCUAGGUCAACCCGCUAAAGCUGCAGUCAGCACAGCUUCAGAUCACCAGACGACCGCGGACCUCGAUUAAUUCUGAAGAAACGCAUAGAAUUAAACACAAAGUGCCUUAUCCAGACGCUCGAGCUCAAA